AUGGUUUUCUACAUAGACCAAGGCAGAUGUUUGGAAAAUCAGAUGGACUGUGCAGCAAUUUGUUUGCUCACAACUGCUGUUCAGUUUAUCCCAUUGUCCUCUACUAUCAAUUGCACCUAUUGCGUUGAAGCCCGCUCUACCUAUGAGCAUUGCUUUAAGGAUGUUAUUGAAUGUGCUUACCGGGAUCCCAGCUCUCUUAUUAUUUGUCUGAAUGUUUAUGAAAAGAAUGGAGGAGACCCAGCUAUUGUUCAGCACACAAUUCGAUGCAUCUCCUAUCAAGACUACUAUGUUGCAGAUGAGUCGAUUAGACAGGUCAGCGCUGGCGGUUCGUGUGCAUUUGAGCACAUUCAAAAGUGUGAAUGUGAUGUGUGCCGCUCUCCAACAACCACUACAAGUACGACCACAACUACCACUCAAAUCACCCCUUCCAUGCAUAGAAAAAAACACCAUCACCACCAUCACCACAAAGAGGAAUCCAGUCAUCAUCACAAACACGACCAGUUGGUGUACCCAAACAAUACAUUUGCUCAACAGUACAGGGACAGCGGAUAUUAUCUCAAAUCUGGAGUUUGUCAAAUGUCAACUUUUUCCUUACUUCUGAUUUCCAUCACGUAUUUAUUUGUGAUCUAG